AUGCUUGAGUAUUUCACCUACAAGAAGGUCAAGAAGCACCGGCAGGAGACGAAGGCGAAGGAAGAAGAACAAAAGGCAGCAGCGGAUGAUGUGCUGGACGCAGACGAGCAAAUGUUUCUCGAGCGGCUGACGCAGACGGCGAGCCAUUCGGACGGUGAAGACGGGGAUGACGGCGAUGGAGAGGGUGACCGGCCGGCGCUGCCGCCACGGGCGAAGACGCCGGAGCUGAUUUGGGACAGCGAGAGCGAGUCGUUUGUGCGGGAGGACGAGCGGCGCGAGAAGGAGACGAAGGGAACGAAGGAAGCGUCGACGUCGACGGUGCCAUCGACAUCGACGAGCAGUUUCGGGCGGCGUCUGUCGCAGCUGCUGGGGCCACGAAGGGACAAGAGCGCCGCCCAUCUGGUCGUUCCUGGCCGCGCGGACGUGAACGAGACGACGGCCGAAGAGGAGGCGCGCGAGCGCGACGAGAUGGCGCGGGUGCUCGAAGAGCUGGACCAGGCAGCGAGAGGAGACGAGGACGAAAACGACAAAAACGACAAGACCAAGACCAAGGCCAAGAAGAUGGCCUUUGCGCUCUCGUCCGAGUCGACGGAGCUGGUGCGACGGUUCGUGGUGGUGCUCCGGGAUCUCGUCGGCGGCGUGCCGACGGCAGCAGACGAUCUUCGUCAUCUGCUGGACGAUCGUGACGGCACGCUCUCGCGCGGUUUUGAGCGGCUGCCGUCGGGCCUGCGCAAGCUCGUGGCCCAGCUGCCGGCCAAGCUGACGACAUCGCUGGCACCCGAGCUGCUCGCGGCCGCGGCCGAGUCCCAGGGACUCGCGUACGAGCACAAGGACGGCUCGACCCGCCCGACGGCGCCAAGGCCGCCGCCAAGGCCUUUCCUCCUCUUCGUCCUCUGGUACUGCCACAAACGCGGCCGUGAGGUUCGUCUCGGAAACGAGGCUCAGGCCGCCGCUGCGUCUGCUGCUGCUCUCGAUACUGCCACGUCCGUGACCAUCGAGGCACCCGUGGCCAUCCGUACGUUUUCUCCCGACGACGUCGACGUCCUGCCAUCCAGCCACCUGUCACCACCACCUAUUGGCAGCGGGGCGGCUGUGCCAAAACCGGAGUAA